AUGGAAGAGCCGAAUAGUGGUGAUGCUGGUGACGGUGGUGCUGGCGGUUACAUAAGCAGCGGAGGUUGGUCCGGCGGCGGUGGCGGCUGGUCUGGUGGCGGUGGAGGCUGGUCUGGAGGCGGUGGAGGCUGGUCCGGUGGUGGCGGAGGAAGUGGUUGGAAAUAUGGAGGAGGUGGCGGCGGCGGCGGCGGCGGCGGUGGUGGAGGUGGAAAAAUCAUCAAAGUGAUCACCAUUAGCGGUGGUGGCGGUGGAUGGCCAAGCGGUGGUGGUGGUGUGACUUUCACCGAUAAAUCUAUACGUAGAGGAUUUAUUAAUAAUUCAUAG